CAGGAAGUGCGAGAAGACCCACUACACUCAGCUGUUGGAUCAACAACAACACGUCGAACCGCAAUUCCAAGUGCAUUCAUACCACGCCAGAGUCUUCUGCGACGACGAUCUGUCACAGGAGUAGAGAGAGAGGCAGUCAGCGGGAGAGUUGAGCCCCAGAGACCCCCCCCCCCGAGCCCCCUGUAAAUCACUGACCCCCGCCCCCCCCCCCCCCCCACCUCGCCCACCCGACCCCCCUGGGAAGACCCCCCCCCCGCUCAUGGCCAGCCGAGGAGGAAGCGCCAGGCCCAACGGUAGCCUGCCGCAGACCAAGAUCUGCCAGUUCAAACUGGUGCUGCUGGGAGACAUGGCGGUGGGCAAGUCCAGCCUGGUGCUGCGGUUCGUCAAGGGCCAGUUCGACGAGUUCCAGGAGACCACCAUCGGGGCUGCGUUCCUGGCGCAGUCCGUGUGUCUGGAUGACACGACGGUGAAGUUUGAGAUCUGGGACACGGCGGGACAGGAGAGAUACCACAGCCUGGCCCCCAUGUACUACCGCGGAGCGCAGGCAGCCAUCGUGGUGUUCGACAUCACCAAACCGGAGACGUUUGAGCGGGCCAAAGCUUGGGUGAAGGAGCUGCAGAGACAGGCCAGCCCCAACAUCGUCAUCGCCCUGGCGGGGAACAAGGCCGACCUGGCGGACAAGCGCAUGGUGGAGUACGAGGAGGCCCAGACCUACGCCGAGGACACGGGACUGCUUUUCAUGGAGACUUCUGCCAAAACUGCCAUGAACGUCAACGAGCUAUUCCUGGCCAUCGCGAAAAAGAUGCCAAAAACAGACACGCAGAACCCCACACAUGCAGCAAGGCACAGGGGUGUGAACCUCCAGGACCCAGAUGCCCAGUCUACCCGGGGCUGCUGUGGGAACUAACCCCACCCUCCGCAACCCCCUGGGGGCCAGGGGAGCCCAUCACCCCCUUCCACAGCCCCCACCUUAGCACCACCCAGAGGGACACAUGGAGAGAGGGAGGGAGGGAGGGAGUGAGAGAGAGAGAGAGAGAGCGAGCGAGCGAGCGAGAGAGAGAGAGAGAGAGAGGGGGGGAGGAGAGAGAGAGGGAGAGGGAGAGAGAGAGAGAGAGAGAGAGCGAGAGAGAGAGAGAGAGAGAGAGAGAGAGAGAUGUUCUGCAGCUUAUCCUCCUUGGUGGAGUGGUGGAGAUUCGAGAAGACUGAAAGAGAGAGAAGAGAGGGAGAUAGAUUAUCUUGGAGUUUUGUAUAAAAAAAUUGGCACAAAUAGCUGUUGUUAUGUUUUAUUUAAUUUAAAAUCAUGGUUCCUGUUGAUGUAAGUACUGCACUGUUAGGGUCAAAGGUAGCAGAGACGGACUGGUGGACAGCGGGAAUGUAUGUAGGUCUGACCCAGGUCAUGUGAAAGGGAGGUAAUGUUGGAUAAAAUAUAUAUAUACGAGCAAAUGAAAUGUAGGCCCAAAAAUACCUCUGAAUACAGUCCCCUCCACCCCCUUUCCAUAGAGACAUACUUUCAUUUUAGCUCCAGAGUAAGGCCAGUAUCCUCCCUUGUCGCCCUCUUCCAUGUCUGGGAUGUCUCACCCUGAAAUUAGAUGACACCCAGACAGCCAAGCCCUCGAUGUCCCCAUAAGGAAUCCCAACUAGAUUUAACGUUUUUUUGUUGUUGUUUUUUUUUGUCCGCCGCGUGCACUGCUAACGGCCUCGGCUUCUGUGAUAUUUAUUUCCGCGCGCCGCCUUUUCAAACCGAUAAUUUUAAAACGGGCCUAAUCUUUAAUAAUCGCCACCGUUGUUUAUACACUGGGGCGCUGAAAAGUCGCGCCGUUUCGUCCAUUUAUUUCUGUCCCAUUCCGCCGGAAUUCCGUCAGGAAACCCCCCCCCCCCCCCCCCCCCCCAAACCUCCCUCCCUCCCCAGUUGAAUGCACUGGAAGCAGAAUGUGGUAUUUUCUGUUUGGAGUUUGCCUCCACUUUGCCUACCCGCUGCUAAUGCUAUUGGCCGCUCGCUGUAAUCUGUUGUUAAACCAAUCGAUAAACUGUCUGUGUUAUAGUUAUGAAAUGCAUAUUGAUUUGCAGCCCUGUUAGCAAUACUGCAGAUCAAAGUAAUUAUUAUAUCCUUUCUGCUUUCAGCCCAGAGGUGACACAAAUCUUCAGAUAUUUUUGUCUUGUAACUUCUCAUACAGAACACGAAGUAAUAGAGACCUUCACCCCUCAAAUAUUAUGGACUUGCUAUUUCAAAGAAGAAUACUAAAUGGAUUGGACAAAAAUAGAAGUGCCUAUUCUCAUUUUUUUUUCCUUGUUCUGUGUUCUGAGCUAGUCUGGGGGGUGUGUCGGGAGAGUGUAACAGAGUUUGUGUUCAAUUUUAGUGUAUUUUUAAUGAUUCUUCUGAUUUUAAUUUGUCUGUACUUGAAAAGUAAUAUUUGUAAAGUGUCACUUACUGUAUGUCUAGUGAGAUUCCAUAGCACUGAAAAGGUAUUAUCAACCAAAAUCCCUAACUGGCUUGCACUGUGUCCAGAACUACUCCGACUAAACCAAUCAUGUAUCCGCUUCAGUAAUUACCCCUGCCCUGUAGCCAUAAUCUAUAAAACACUCACUUCAGCACUUGUGUUCAAAGGAGCCAAGUUUCAGUUCCGAAAGACUCCAGCGGGAUGUUCCAUGUUAUCGAACACAUCCCAGAUUUUCACGAGUGUGGCAGUCUCUCCUCAAGAAUAAUCUGGUCCUUGGAGCUCACAAUGUGCAGUUUGAUCAUUUGGUGUCUGGGUGAAACAUUUAGUCGCAGUGGAGUGGUGUUUAAAAAAAAAAAAAAAAGAAAAAAAGAUGAAUGCCUUUAAUUUGGUCGUUUCUCAGUCUGCAAGAUGACAGCAUAAAGAAAAAUGACAUGAAACACGAUUAAAAACUAGCAGUAUCCUGCGAGCUGUUUUAA